UGCGCACUUUGUUGCAGUUUUGUGUGCGAAACGUAAACGAUCGUCCAUAUCCACCAAUUCGACACGACAAAGAACAACAACGCAGCCACCAUGUCAAACCCCAUCAGCAAAGCCUUCUGGCGUCUUGUCGUGCGGGAGAAAGCGGCGCAGCCGAGCUGGCUCCGCUUCCCAAAGGAUGCACAGACGCGCAGCCCGCCUCCACCAAACCUUCCCGGCGGCCCUGCGCACAAGAUCUCCAACAACGCCUACUACACACGCGACAUCCGUCGUCAGCCCAAGCGCGUGAUGAGGAUUGGCAACACUAAGCACACGCCGCUGUUCCCAGAGCAGAAGGCGACAGAGGCCAUUGAGGCUGGCAGCAAGUAGGGAGGAGCGCCAGAAGCGAUGUUGAGAUGAGAUGAGAUGGGUGUGCGAUGAAUGGUGGUGUGGAUGUGGGUGUGGCAUGCAGAAACGGCAUGAUGCAAACCCCACAUCUCCUCACUCGCAUCAUCCCUUUGAACGCGUUGUCGCCCUUGUUGCGCUAUUUGACUUGCCUCCACCACGUGUGUGCUGUGUGUGUGUGUGUGUGUGUGUGUGUGUGUGUGUGUG